UUUCCAGCUCGGAAAGGCAAGUCGGCUCUGCUCAGUCAUUCCCCUGCUCGUCGACGAAUCGGACGCAAAAUGCUCGAGAAGCUCUCCGCCUGGUACAAGGACAACGUGUCCGAGGAGCUCAACUGCCUGGCCUGCCGCCUCUACAGUGGGUUCGGCCUCCUCGGCAUCGGCGCCUACCUGCUGGUCCAGUCCAAGAAGCGCCCCAAGCCGCUCGAGAGCUACACCAUGAUGAGUCUGGCCGCCACCAUGGGCGUCCUAGGCGUUGCCCGUCUGGCUGAUGGCAAGUGCCCGGAGGACAUAGACCGCGGGACCGUGGCUUCCGCAAUGUUGCCUGUAAUGGAGCCCGCCAUGGAGCCUGCCAAGGAGCCCGCCAUGGAGCCCGCCAAGGAGCCCGCUAUGGAGCCCGCCAAGGAGCCCCUCCCCGAGUCCGGGAAGCCCCUCAAGUAGACCUAGGUUUCUACCUGGAUUUUAUAGAUUUUCAAUCGUUCUCUUUGGCGACCGGAAUGUAAAUUUCAACCAGAAUAUAAUGGUGGCUCAUGUAA